AAAUCCAAUGGCCACUCUUGAUUCCGACGUGCUGAUGGAGCCCGCCGGCGACGCUGCCGGUCCUUCUUCCAAGAAGCCUAAGCGAUUCGAGAUUAAAAAGUGGAAUGCCGUCGCUCUCUGGGCUUGGGAUAUUGUUGUUGACAAUUGUGCUAUCUGCAGGAACCACAUCAUGGAUCUGUGCAUUGAAUGCCAGGCCAACCAGGCUAGUGCCACCAGUGAGGAAUGUACCGUAGCCUGGGGGGUAUGCAAUCAUGCUUUUCACUUCCAUUGCAUUAGCCGAUGGCUUAAGACCCGUCAAGUUUGCCCUUUAGAUAACAGCGAAUGGGAGUUUCAGAAAUAUGGUCACUAGAACUUUAUCAGGCUCCUUGGACCCCUGGAUCAGCUGCCUUACUUUUACUAUAGUUGUUUAGGAAAGAUUUUCGUUUUGUAGCUCUCAAUUGUUUUCUCUUUGCUUUACUUUUGUCUACGUAUAUUACAAUUUACAAAUCUGUGUGGAUAAAAGAGUUCACUAAAAUUUUGAUUUAGUUGACAAAGAAUGGCUUCAAUU